UUUAUUUACUUCGAAAAAGAAAACUAGAGUCUACAAAAUCUAGAUCUAAAUCUAUACUAUAGGCCUACUAGAAUCUAUAGUCUACAAGCCUACACAUGCAAUCUCAAACAUGAAAUGCGAAUCCGCGUUCUACAAAAUAAAGCUGAGAAUUUACAUGUGACGAAUAUGUCAAGAAUACCUAAGUGGCUUUUUCAGAAAGAUUGGUUGUGUUACCAAGAUGUUGUAAAAUUACUAGAAAACUCACCAUCUUGCUUAGAAUAUGCUCUGGCUCAAGAUUGUAGUGAAGAGAUUCGUAAUAUCUACAAAUUUAUUUGUACAUUUUCUCCCGAAAUAUGUCAUAUGGAGUGUAAAGAAUAUAGAUUCGAAGAAAUAGCAAGACAUAAAAUGCGCACGCAUUUGAAAGAACAUAUUAAUAUAUUAAAAUCAGAGGAAAAUCAUCAUGAUUUUAGAACAAAGAAUCAGUUAUUUAAAGGCAAUAAAAAUAUCCAAAAACACAAAUCUUCACUGGUUGUAAAUAAAGAAAUUUCACCAAAAAAAGUAAAAAUGUCAAGAAAAGAAGUGUCUUUAGAAUUGAGUACUAAAACUAAAGGACUCAAAAUUUACAAAUCUAAGUUUACUAAGUUAAAAGUACCAAAUAAGACUACCAUGCCAUCAGUCAAAUUUGAAGAAAUUACACAAUCAGUAGAUAAUCAGUUUGAAGAAUCAUUUGCUCCUUGUCAUAAUCAGAAAUCUGAAGCUAACACAACAGCUCAGGAAGAAUUCAAAUUGAAAGAAGAAAACCUUUUUGAUGAAGAAUUGGAAGAAAAUGAUAGGAAAAAUUGUGAAACGCAAACUUUGUAUACUGGCAAAGAGCAAGAAACAUUUCAAUAUAAAAUUGCUACAAAGUUAUUUGCUGUUGAUCGUUCACAAUGGAGUACUAUUGAAAAGGUACUUGAUGACAUUGUCAGCUCUGAAAGUCCUGAUGAGAAUUUAUCUCAAGAUGACAGAGAAAAAAUAUUAGUUGGAAUGAAGCAAUGGAUGGAUUCUGUACAAAUAUAUGAUCACCAGACAGUCUCUAGAUUGCAGGAUCCAUUAACUCAAGCUGAGAAAACUGUUUUAGAAAGUCUAACUACUGAAGACUGGAGAAAACUUGAAGCUUCUCAUGAUUCAGAAUCUAAAUUAAGACUGACUGUAUAUGCAAGAAUGUUACUUAGAGAUUAUGAGUGCUUUCCUCGCAAGCUUAAACCCAAAUAUUGUCAACAUUGUGGAAAGAAUUAUACAGCUAGCACAUCAUUGUAUAGUCAUCUUGUUAGCUUGUCAGGUAUUAGAUUUUGGGUGUGCAGUAAAUGUAAAGAUUCUAAUAUGGAAGAUGCUACAUUUACAAGGAAGCACUCGUUACAGUAUCACAUUCUUAAAGAAGUAGGUAUACCCCGAUAUAGAUGUACUCAGCCAGGAUGUAAUAAAACUCACAAUCAUACUCAUCAUCAGAAGAGUCAUGCAAGGCAGCAUACUGGAGAGAAACAUUAUAUAUGUGUGAUAGAAGGUUGUAAUGGCCGCUUCUCUAAUCGUAACACAUACAGCCGUCAUCUGCUGCAGUUUCACAGUGUGGAACUAACAAGAAAUAAUCAACUGCAAGAAAUUGAUGAAAAGGAAGCUAGACUUAAAGUUUAUGCAGCAAGGUUAAAAGCAAGAGAGCGUAGCAAGUGCAAACGACUACAUAACAAUGAUAUUGUCAAAGUUCCAUUAAAAUCUGAUGUGCUUCCAAGAAAGGUUACUAUUGAUGAAAACAUUCUGACUGCAGCACAACAUUUUUUAACAGAAGUUCAAUUAGAAGAAGAUAAAAAGAAUGACAGUACAGAAAAUGAUACACAGCUCAACCUUGAAAAACUGAUGAGACCAUCAGCAUCAAAACUCUUAUAUGGUAUAGCAAAGGAUGUCAGAAAUACCACUUGUUCAAUUGAAGAAGCUAAGCCUGAAAAUAAUCUUGGAGGUCUAAAUCUAUUAGCAACUGUGUCUAAGUACAUGAAUUUUAAAACUUGUCCUAAGGAGGAACAAGAACCUAGUGAAAAACGGGAUGUAUGCUCACUUAAUAGGUCAACCUCUACAUAUUUAAAUGUAAAGGAUGAAAUGAAAGAGAAUAAUUCCAAAGAGUUAAAUACAAUGUAUAAUUGUAGUGUGCUGAAUAAUGACAUUGUUCAAAUACAUACAACGGAAGAAGAAGUAAGUCUAGGAGGCUGUGCUAAUCUUGCUUCUAACUAUAACCAAGGUGAAAAUAGUACUCAAAUAUUUCCUACAAAUAUGGAGGACCAUUCCAUUGUUAAUUCUAGCAUCAGGAGAGUUUCAGCAUGUAAAACCCUUCCUAAUCCUAAUGCAGAAGUUUUUAAUUUUAAUACAUCCCCAUUUUUUCCUAGUGAAACAAGUAAUAGUUUUAGUGACUUCAAGGGCACUAUUAGCUUACUAGCCUAUGAUUCUAGCCCAAUGUCAGCAUCUAGCAAUUGUUCUAAAGUUCAACAAGAAAGUAAUCCCAGUCAAAGUAGAGUAAGCACAAUGGCUGCUAAUGUCGACAUCAAUACAUCUAAAUCUGUAGUAGGUAUUGACACUAGUGUUAACUUGGUAACUCAAAAUAAUCUUGAAAUGAAAAAUUCAAUGAAUGGUGUCAACUCAUUCUCUGGAAAAAUAAAGGCCAAACCUAAAGGAGGUUUAAACACUGAAUUGCUGAAUAAUAACUAUUGUUCAAAUGAUAGUAUAGCCAAAUCUUCACAAAUAAUAAAUAUUUCCAAGACAGAUGUGCCUUUACAAUUUAAGAGUAUGACAACAUUAUCUGGAAAAACAUAUAUUGUUUUAUCUUCAUCUGGAAAACAAUACAAAUUGAGGCAACCAAGUGUUUCUGCAACUUCAGCAAUUAACUCUGAGACAUCAAGCAGAGUCUUGCCUUUUUCUGAGCUAUGAAGGGAUUUCUUUCACUAGAAUUUUUUUUAAUCAAACAAACAUUGUGCCUUUAACAGCCUUUAAAAAAACAACACUUAGACGACUGCUGGCAGUAAUUAUUUAUUUAUUUUUAUAUUUAUGAUAUUUUAGAAAAUAUCAGUAAAAAUAUCUGCUGUUAGUUUCAAUAUUUGUUUUUACUAAAAGUGGUAACUGCAUUGAAUUAAUUUGGUUAAAAUAACCUAAAAAUAAAAACUAUUUGUCUAUUGUUGGAAGGAAAUAAAAAUGUGAAACACAUCUCUAGUCUAGUUAUGACACAAAUUAAUUUUUUAUGUUAAUAAGUGAAUCAAAACAAUUUGUAGGCUAGGCGCUUUAAAUACAAGAACAUUUGCAAACGUUUAUUUAUGUGUAUAAUAUUCACUUAUCAAUCGUUAUAUUUUGUAGCCUCCACCAGAAAUAUGUGAAAAUAUGUUUUGGUUUCAAGACCAUGUUACAUUGUAAUUACAGCUAAAUACAUUGAUCUAUAUGUAUUACUAUUUGUCUUUCGCUUUCUAAUGAUAUAUAUCUAUUCAAUACUAUUACUUGUUAUAAUUGCAGCUAUGCAAACCCAAUUCAGAUAAUGCUACUAUACUUAUGUUAACAAUAUUUUCUAUAACUCUUGUUAUUAUAUACUGUUUUUUCUUUAGCUUCACUUUGGACAUAACAUUUGUUCUGCCAGAAUUUUUUUUAAAUAUAAUCAUUUUUAUUCAUUAAAAAUGAAAAUAUUUCAAUUGGAAUGCAUCUCCAGUUGUUAA